CUACAGUGUCGGUUCAUUUACGUAUCUAUUGAUCUUUUCGACAACCCAAAACCAAUCCUUUGCCUACAUCCGGGAGGGGCGUGGACCUGUGCCCGUUAAAUCGAAUGUUUUCCAUUGUCAAACGCUUCUCAUUGGCUUCCCUUUCAACGCUUGAGGCGGGGCCUACCCCUUCUUGCUCCCUUAGUUGUGCAACCCUCAGCGGAACCAACGCCAAAAGCCCUAGGGAGACAGUGAGGUGGAACCGGAGGGUGGAAUGGUACAACCGCUCUUGUUAUUCAUUGGUCCGGUGAUUCUAUGGGGUGGGACUUGGCUGGGCCUAAAUUCGAUCCGCAGACCGGGACCGGUUUCAGGGCGAAGCUGCCAUGCGUUCCGGGGGCCGCGGGCGGCCCCGGCUACGGCUCGGGGAACGAGGCUUCUUGGAGCCAUCCUCACCGCCCAGUCUCCGCCUGCUACCGCGGGCGCAGCUGUUGCCCUUGCUGCUGCUGGCUCUGGCCGUGGCCUCGGCGUUCUACACCAUCUGGAGCGGCUGGCACCGCCGGACUGAAGAGCUGCCGACGGGCCGAGAGCUGCGGGGCCCAUUGAUCGGAAGCCUCCCCGAAGCCCGAAUGCGGAGGGUGGUGGGGCAACUUGACCCACAGCGUCUUUGGAACACUUACCUGCGUCCCCUGCUGGUUGUGCGGACCCCGGGCAGCCCAGGCAAUCUCCAAGUCAGAAAGUUCCUGGAGGCCACUUUGAGGGCCCUGACGGCAGGCUGGCAUGUGGAACUGGACCCCUUCACGGCCUCAACGCCCCUGGGGCCACUGGACUUUGCUAACGUGGUGGCCACACUGGACCCAGGAGCUGCCCGUCACCUCACCCUUGCUUGCCAUUAUGACUCAAAGCUCUUCCCAUCUGGGUCGGCUCCCUUCGUGGGGGCCACGGAUUCAGCUGUGCCUUGUGCCCUGCUACUGGAGCUGGCCCAGGCCCUCGACCAGGAGCUAAGCAAGGCCAAAAAUCAGGCAGCCCCGGUGACCCUGCAGCUGCUCUUCUUGGACGGUGAAGAGGCACUGAAGGAGUGGGGACCCAAGGACUCUCUCUAUGGCUCCCGGCACCUGGCCCAGCUCAUGGAGUCUGUACCCCACAGUCCUGGUACCACCAGGAUCCAGGCUAUUGAGCUCUUUAUACUUCUUGAUCUCCUGGGAGCCCCCUAUCCAACCUUCUACAAUCACUUCCCUCGCACGGCCCGCUGGUUCCAUCGGCUAAGAAGCAUUGAGAAGCGCCUGCACCGUUUGAACCUGCUACAGUCUCAUCCCCAGGAAGUGAUGUACUUCCAGCCUGGGGAGCCCUUUGGCUCUGUGGAAGAUGACCACAUCCCCUUCCUCCGCCGAGGGGUCCCGGUGAUCCAUCUCAUCUCCAUGCCCUUCCCCUCUGUCUGGCACACGCCUGAUGACUCUGAGGCCAACCUUCACCCACCCACGGUACACAACCUGAGCCGCAUCCUCGCUGUGUUCCUGGCAGAAUACCUGGGGCUCUAGCCUGCCCUGCUGACUGGAGGAGCAGCGCCUAGCAGGGGAUGUGCCAAGGCCACCUGGAGCCAGCAGAGCUCAGGCCGGGCCCACCUCGGGUGUGCUGUCGUGUCCUUUUUAAUUUUGGCUCUGCUCAUGUUAUGAUUGGAAGACCCUCUUUCCUUUGACUAUCUCAAGCUGCCACUCUUCAAAGACAUGAAAGAGACCACUGUGGGGUGAGAGCCAAAGGAAAAAGAACUCAGCCCCUGCUCUGAGGGAAACACUUGGGCUGAAGGUUUGCGGGAGCUGAAGGUUUUCUCAGAUUUAGUUAGCAAACCAUGGACUGGCAUAUGGACCAGCAGCACCACCCAACCAAAUGAAUUCUCUGUGGCUUUCA